AUACGUGUCCAAAUACACAAGUACAACGUACAUCGCACAGAGCUGCUGACUAGCAAAGACAAAAAGAGAAACCGAAAAUGGGGGAAUUGAAGGGACUGAAACUGGCACAAAGGCAUGGUAAAUCAAGAGUAAGAGUAGCCAGGGUUUGGAAAGAUGGAGAUGGAAAACAUCACUUUGCUGAAUGGAGUGUUAAUAUCAGUCUCCUCUCCGAUUGUAUACCUGCUUAUAUCACUGGCGAUAAUUCCGAUAUCGUUGCCACUGAUAUCGAAAAACACUCGCCAACAGUGUAUGCCAAAGCUAAGGAAUGUUCAGAGCAACUCUCAGCUGAAGAUUUUGCCAUUGUACUUGCAAAGCACUUCACUUCCUAUUAUCAGCAGGUAACUGCUGCAAUCGUUAAUAUAGUUGAAAAGCCAUGGGAACGCAUUAGCAUAAAGGGGCAACAGCAUGACCAUGGUUUUAAGCUUGGCUCUGAGAGACACACAACUGAAGUAAUGGUCGAUAAAUCGGGAAUAUUGCGCAUGACAUCUGGUAUCGAAGGAUUAUCAAUUCUGAAGACAACUCAGUCAGGUUUUGAAGGAUUCAUUAGGGACAAGUACACUAUGUUGCCUGAAACACGGGAAAGGAUGAUGGCUACAGAGGUCACUGCAUCUUGGAGGUACUCUUUUGAGUCUCUCUCAAGUCUUCCCCUGAAGCCUCUGUAUUUCACAGAGAGAUACAUGGAUGUGAAGGAGGUCCUGCUAAACACAUUCUUUGGCCCAUCUAAGGAAGGAGUAUACAGUCCUUCUGUUCAAGCCACGCUUUAUGAAAUGGCAAAGGCUGUUCUUGGAAGGUUUCCCGACAUUUCAUUCAUUCAGUUGAAGAUGCCAAAUCUCCAUUUCCUGCCAGUCAAUUUGCCAAGCAAAGAUAAUCCAGUAAUUGUUAAGUUUGAUGAUGAUGUUUAUUUGCCUACGGAUGAACCGCAUGGAACAAUUCAGGCCACUCUCAGUCGUAUUAGGUCAAAGAUGUAAAAUGCUGCUGAUCAAAGGGGGCCCAUUUUCAUUUUCUUACAUUUAAGUUGUUACCAGCCCAAAUCAACUCAAGGGGAGAAGUUCCUAGCAAGAAGCAACAACGUAACAUGGUUCUGAAACUUGGAAGUUUGCUGUACACAUGUAGACAUGGGUGUCUAAUUGUCACUGUCGUGUAAAAUAAAGAAUGUGAUAUUUGUUUCUCAAGUUCUUGGACAACAUGAUUUGUCAUUGUGAUAUAAUUGGAAUUGUGGCUAAACGAGGAACUCCCCCUCCCGAGUCGACAAUAAAUCGAUGUCUUGUUUAAGUCGUGUUGGUCAUUGUACCUUAUACUGAUUAUGUAACAGACAGCUCUGAAAAUAGUAUCAGGGGAAAAUCUCUUUUAUACUCAAGAUUGAGAUUAAAAAUCU